CAGUUCGUGCAUUGUUGACCCAUAUUCUCAAAACCUUAGAUUAAAGUUCCUUCCCACGUGUAAAGUUUGUGCAACGACUACACGUACAGCAAUGCAGCCUUCUAGUAGCAGUGUCAUACCUGUAGGCUUGAUAGCCCUGCUUGGUUUCUUGAGCUUUGUCGGAAGUGAACCGUCAUGUGAUAAAUUGAUUGGACCGGUCAACAAUUGCCACUGUCGGUACAGCGAUGGGGGAGAUCCGCCGACAUAUCGAAACAUCGACUUUAGCCCGCUCGGCAGAAGCGAUGGCAAACCAGCAUUUGCUUACAAAGAAACUCCAAACGAUGAUUUCAAGUACGCAUACAACCCAUGUCAUCCAUUCCACGACGGGUUUUGCACCACAAAUACUGCGGCAUGCCAAGUGUCAAAUGAUGAGCUGCAUUCUUACCCAAUUGGUGACCCGGAUGUUAUUGCUUUUGAAGUGAUAGAUUCUGACAUAGUCUUGACGUAUGCAGAAGUUAGUGGCAGGUUAGCAGUCGUUAACUUUCACUGCGAUGAAAGCGCCUUAACAGCGGCAACGUAUGAGCCCCUAGGUGAACAAACACCUGGAAAUUAUCACUUCACAAUUGGUACUUGCCUGGCAUGUCUGAAGGACAUACCAAACUGCUAUCCAGUUGGCGGGACAGAAAUCACCGUUGGAGGAAUUGUAUGUAUUAUAUUCGCACUAUUGGUUCUUGUUUACCUCAUUGGAGGGAUCCUGUAUCAGAAGUUUCGUCGAGGUGCGACGGGUAAAGAGCUGAUUCCAAACUAUGGAUUCUGGUCGGACUUUCCUGCGUUAGUCAAGGAUGGAUUCAUGUUUCCUAUAGAAUUGUGCAGAGGGAAGACUAGUAAAUCUGAUUAUGAGACCUUAAAAUAAGUGGCCAACAAACGAAAUACAUACAAUCGCCGAAACAACAGACAUCCCUUUGCAAUCAGAUUCGUAGUUGGAAAGAAACAACAAGCACAUCUCAAAAGGAAACAUAAACAUGUAUUUGUAGAUCUGUAUUUGUGUAUAUCUUGCUGAAAUGAACAUCGAUGGCUGUUCCAUGUGGAGACAGGCCUAAUGGUAUCUACUGCUAAGGACUUGUAAAUACGGAAUUGCAUUUUUUCCCCUAAUAAAAUUACUGUAACGACGGCAAACUAGGUGCAAUUGUGUUUUGGAAAUUUGCAUAUUUUAAUCGUAUUUCAAUAUAUAUAUAAUUAUCUCUA